AUGGCGCUUUUACCUUAUUACUUUGACGAAUUAAGCCCGAGAAGUAUUCGCAACCAACUUUUUGGUUUGGAUUUCGCUCCAGAUGACUUGCUAACCGAUGUGUUAGAGCGUCCGUUAGUACGUAGUAUGCGACAGUACAUGCGUCCAUGGAGAAAUCUCACGGCUUUGAGUCGCGACAUUGGAUCUACCAUAAAAACGGAUAAGGACAAAUUUCAAGUCAAUUUGGACGUGCAGCAUUUCGCUCCGGAUGAAAUAAGUGUAAAGACAGUUGAUGGAUACGUUGUUAUAGAAGGCAAACACGAAGAGAAAAAAGAUGAACACGGUUUUAUAUCGCGGCAGUUUAAGCGGCGUUAUGCUUUACCAGAAGACUGCAACCCUGAUACGGUAGAGUCCAAAUUGUCUUCUGACGGCGUCCUCACUGUCAUCGCUCCAAAAGAAUCUGGUUCGAAGGGCGAAAGAGCGGUACCAAUUUCUCACACGGGACCAGUAAGAAGGAAACCACAGGACGAAGAACCAAAUGGUGAUGUUGAAGAAGAGGUGAAGUCACCGCAGAAGAAAAGAAGGCGUUAA